CUGCAGCGUCCACGGAGGAGAGAGGAGAGGAUACCAGGAGCUUCUGAGGGAGAUUGCUUGUCAUUUUGCCUAGAAGAGCUCCUGGAGACCCACUUUUCUCAUGCAUUUAAAAAUGCUGAGGUUAACGUUAGCCUUGGCCUUGCUGAACCUGGUGGUCGGCUCAAAGUGUCCCAGUCAGCAGCUGUGUGGGGACCAGCAGACAUGCUGCCAGGUCCAGUCCUCUGGAGAGUACAACUGCUGCCCCUUCCAUCAGGGAGAGUGUUGUGAGGACCACCUACACUGCUGUCCUGAGGGGAUGUUGUGCCAAACACCACAAUCCAAGUGUACAAACUCGACUCACUCUCUGCCCUGGACUGAGAGGAUAUCUGCCAAAAAGACUGACCUCGCUAAAUCAUUCAGAAUGAUCAGCUCUUCUGUGGCCAGCAAGGAUAACAUCAUCUGCCCGGAUAAUACUUCCUGCCCAGCGGAGUUCUCCUGUCUGAAGCUGUUUGAUAGAUACAGCUGCUGUCCUGUCACACAAGGCAUCAUCUGCACGGAUGGAAAACACUGCUGUCCAAACGAUCAUGAGUGCACUGUGGACAGCACCUCCUGCAUCAAAAAGAAAGCAGAACCUGUCCGGGCUGUUAGGUGUGCUGAUGGUGUGUCAGAGUGCCCAGUGCAGACUUCGUGCUGUGCGACUGCAGACGGAGGGUGGGGCUGUUGCCCCAUGCCCAGGGCUGUGUGCUGUGCAGAUAAAGUGCACUGUUGUCCAGAAGACAGCGUCUGCCAUGUGAACAGCUCUAAAUGUGUGACCUCCACCAAGCAGGAGCUGCCCAUGUGGGCCAAAUUCCCUGCCCGGCUGAGAGCAGACUGGGAGGACCGCAAACCUGAAGCAGUGACCCCAAAGAUGACCACUGAACAACCGGAAACCUCUACGACAUCACGGAGCACUGCUGCUACUACUACCACUAUGACUAUUGCUGUUUCAAAGGGUGCUGAUGUUCCCUGUAACGACACUGUGGGCUGUGCUGAUGGAGACACAUGCUGUAAGAAUGCUCAAGGAGAUUGGAGCUGCUGUCCUUUACCUGAGGCCGUGUGCUGUGAUGACUUUGUGCACUGCUGUCCUCAUGGGAAAAAGUGUAACGUCGCUGCCAUGACAUGUGAGGACCCCUCAGGUUCCGAGCCCUGGCUGGAGAAGAAGCCCAGCCGACCAAUCAGAGGACGGAAAGUUCCAAAGACCAAAGGUGCUGAUGUUCCCUGUAACGACACUGUGGCCUGUCCUGAUGGAGACACGUGCUGUAAGACCGCUCAGGGAGAUUGGAGCUGCUGUCCUUUACCUGAGGCUGUGUGCUGUGAUGACUUUGUGCACUGCUGUCCUCACGGGAAAAAGUGUAACGUUGCUGCUGGGACAUGUGAGGACCCCUCAGGUUCUGAGCCCUGGCUGGAGAAGAAGCCCAGCCGACCAAUCAGAGGAUGGAAACUUCCAGAAACCAAAGGUGCUAAUGUUCCCUGUAACGACACUGCGGCCUGUCCUGAUGGAGACACGUGCUGUAAGACCGCUCAGGGAGAUUGGAGCUGCUGUCCUUUACCUGAGGCCGUGUGCUGUGAUGACUUUGUGCACUGCUGUCCUCAUGGGAAAAAGUGUAACGUCGCUGCUGGGACAUGUGAGGACCCCUCAGGUUCCGAGCCCUGGCUGGAGAAGAAGCCCAGUCUACCAAUCAGAGGACGGAAACUUCCAAAGACCAAAGGUGCUGAUGUUCCCUGUAACGACACUGCGGCCUGUCCUGAUGGAGACACGUGCUGUAAGAACGCUCAGGGAGAUUGGAAGUGCUGUCCUUUACCUGAGGCCGUGUGCUGUGAUGACUUUGUGCACUGCUGUCCUCAUGGGAAAAAGUGUAACGUCGCUGCUGGGACAUGUGAGGACCCCUCAGGUUCCGAGCCCUGGCUGGAGAAGAAGCCCAGUCUACCAAUCAGAGGACGGAAACUUCCAAAGACCAAAGGUGCUGAUGUUCCCUGUAACGACACUGCGGCCUGUCCUGAUGGAGACACGUGCUGUAAGAACGCUCAGGGAGAUUGGAAGUGCUGUCCUUUACCUGAGGCCGUGUGCUGUGAUGACUUUGUGCACUGCUGUCCUCACGGGAAAAAGUGUAACGUCGCUGCUGGGACAUGUGAGGACCCCUCAGGUUCUGAGCCCUGGCUGGAGAAGAAUCCCAGUCUACCAAUCAGACGACGGAAAGUUCCAAAGACCAAAGGUGCUGAUGUUCCCUGUAACGACACUGCGGCCUGUCCUGAUGGAGACACGUGCUGUAAGAACGCUCAGGGAGAUUGGAAGUGCUGUCCUUUACCUGAGGCCGUGUGCUGUGAUGACUUUGUGCACUGCUGUCCUCACGGGAAAAAGUGUAAUGUCGCUGCUGGGACAUGUGAGGACCCCUCAGGUUCUGUGCCCUGGCUGGAGAAGAAGCCCAGUCUACCAAUCAGAGGACGGAAACCUUUGGAUAAAGUGAAAGGUCAAAACACAGCAGCCAACGUGAGCUGUGACUCCAGCCAUUCCUGCCCACCGUCCAGCACCUGCUGCAAGGAUGUGGAAGCAGACUGGAGCUGCUGCCCUUUCACUCAGGGUGUGUGCUGUAAGGAUCAUUUACAUUGCUGCCCUCAUGACACUACCUGUAACUUCAGAACGCUCGCCUGCGACAAAGGCGACACCUCUGUCCCGAUGGCCAUGGUAGUCAAAGCUUUUGGACGGCCAGCACAGAGGAAGGAGAACGAGGAGGUGAAAGUGGAGAAGAAGCCAAAGAAGAACGAAGGAAAUGGCAGCAUUCAGUGUGAUGAACACCAUUCCUGUCCUGAUCACACAACCUGCUGCUUCAUCAGCAAAACCCAGAAAUGGGGAUGCUGCCCUCUGCCUAACGCUGUGUGUUGUAAGGAUGGAGAACAUUGCUGUCCAGAGCAGUAUAAGUGUGAUACGUCUCAGACUUCUUGCAUUAAGGGUGAUGUGGUCAUUCCCUGGUACACUAAAGUGGCAGCUGAGAGCAGCCCUGACCAAAGCGCUGUCAGGUGUGACUCACAGACAAGCUGCCCCAUUGGCGCCACCUGCUGUAGGCUUGGGACAGGAAAAUGGGGCUGUUGUCCUCUUCCUGAGGCCACCUGCUGCCCAGACAGAGAGCACUGCUGCCCUAAGGGCUACAUGUGUGAUGAGGACUCGAGAUCUUGUGUGAAGACCAUCCUACUUCAGGUGGAGACGGUUCCCUUAACACACAUCAGGCACCUGCAUAAGGACAUACAGUGCGGAGGGGGAUUCAUCUGCAAGGACACUGAGGCCUGCUGUAAAACUUCUCGGAGCACCUGGGGCUGCUGCCCGUUUGCAAAGGCUGUGUGUUGCAGUGAUAUGAAGCAUUGCUGUCCAGCUGGAUACAACUGUGGAGAGGGCGGCGUUUGCACUCAAACAACGGGCUUCAACUGGGACCACUGGCAGGUGUUCUUCUCCAGGAAGAAGCGAGCGCUCCUCGUAUAAACCCUGCCGAGGAUGUCCUACUGAUUUAGAACUCACACACAUGUACAUACACUGUCCUUUAAAAGUUUGAGUGUGUUUUACCCUUUUUUUUACACUUUCUAAGUAAAUUCCAAUUUUUGUUGAUACUUUUCAGCAGAAGUAGGUUGUUAGUAUAAAACAACUUUAUACAAAUGAUUUGAGUAUAUUUAAUGACUUCAUGCUUAUCAAAGUGUCUUGGGUGGUAUGAAGAGCAGACAGCACUAGCACUAGUAAUUAAAAAGCACAUAUUAAAACUCUUUUGGUCUAAAGGUGGAUUAAGUAUCUGGAAGGUUUGAGUGUCAACAUCCCCCAGAGCAAGGGCAUACAGUGCAUGGCCUUUGGUUUUAUUCUCAGGGUUGGGCUUUUAUCAGCGGUUUCUGAAGAUAACUGACAAAGAAAACAUGCUUAUUUGUUUUAAAAACUUCCCAAACUUUUGAAGGACAGUGUAAAACCAUAGAUAUGUCAUUUACACAUUAAACUAAUCAAAAUCUGGCAUCAUGCUUAUAGAUAUGGAGAUUACAGUUGAUUUUUUUUUUUUUUUUUACAAAGGAAUUAAGAAUCUAAGGGCUGAGUUUCAUUCUGAAGAUUUGUUUGCACUAUUGAGCCAUCUCAUAUUGUACUUAAAUUUCCAAGUUCUUAGAAAUAAUUGAGCCAUUUAAAGUCACCAUCCAACAGUUUUUUUAAUCAUCAUCAUCAUACUUUGUCAUUUUUGUCAGAUUUUAAUUUUAAAAACAUUUCUGCAAAAUGUAAACAUAAUAAUUCAGAGUGGUUUUGAUGUGCAAAGUCUGAGACAUUGUUUUAUGAUAGGUUUGACAAUUUUUGGGCCUAAAAAAAUUACUUUUAAAUCCAUUCUUGGUGGAGGUGUACAUGCAGGGUGUUGUGAGGCAAUUUAUUUUUUCAGAUUAUGCAUUAUUUUACCACCAUUACAUCACAUUACAUUUACUAUUACAUUAAAACCUCAGAAAUCUUGUGAUUUUGGAGGGUAAAUAAAAUGUUAAAUUUAAAAAGUAAAUAAAGGUUUCUCUGCAAUGAACCCUUUCACAUCAAACCACUGAAUGAAUUUGCUUACAUCUCAACAGCUGAAUUAUGCAGAACAUUUGAAAAACAAGUGGGAUUCCCCUUUAAGUCCAUGUUGAAUAGUGGAUGCCAUCUAAUGGUUUUUACUUUGGUCUUAAAUGCACUUUCCUCAGGAGGUGCGUUUAUUUUGGCUGAAUUUCUUCUUCAGUUUUCCAGCACACAGCACUGCUUAAUUGAACUCUCUGAAAUAAUAAAACACAAAACACACGUUGUGUCAUGAUGAAUUUGACUGUAAAGAAUGAUUAUUUCCCAAAUUACCAGCAGUGUGGCCAGUGUGGUCUUCUUAACGGUAUUACACUGACUUCAUGUACAGUAGUUGAAUUGUUGUUGAUCAGAACGUGUUGAGAUGCAUGAGGAAGCUGAAUGUCCAGUGCCUCCUGAAGUUGAAUUAAAAAUAUGACACCAUUUCAA